AUGGAUAGGUCCACGGACGAAGAGGUGGUUGCGGUGGCCAAGCACGAAGCAAGUCCGAAACAGGAACAGGGAUUCGGUAUCGAUGUCAAGCAGCGUCAAAGCCAAGUCCACCGGAGGGGUAAAUGGUUGAGUCCAGAAUUCGGUCGUCAGGAGAUGCGAGUCCAUAACUGCCACAGCUCUGUGGUCCGAAACCAGGAGGUCCUUCCAAACGAGCCGUUCCUGGAUCCACCGAGAUAUCGGGAGUUCAUUGUAAAUGUGCCCGGCGAUGCUGGCUUUGACCCGUUCUGCCUUGCGAAAGACUUGGCGACGUUCAAAUGGAUGCAGGAAGCCGAGCUGAAGCACGCGCGGGUUGCCAUGCUGGCCACGGUGCUGUGGCCACUUUCGGAGCUCGACCUCUCGGCCCUCAAGCUGCCCUUCCUAGAUCUGUCAGGCACAACGCUUGAUGGUGCACCCAUGGGCAUGUUCUUUGGCACGGUCUCCUUGGGCGUUGCGAUCAUGGAGCUCUCCAAAGCACCUGAGAGCCCUCCGGGAUUCUACAGCUUCGACCCCUUGAGCUUGAAGGAUUUCGAGAUGCCUAUGGCUUGCUGGCUGCCGCAAGGCAGACGUUGGACAGCAGAAGCUGAGCUCAAACAUGGGCGGCUGGCGAUGCUUGCUGCCCUAGCCUUUGCCUUCACGGAACUGACCACGAAGGUUCCAAUCAUCAGGCAAGCGCCGUUCCACUUCAACUGA